UUUUGUCUAUUAUUUCGGCGCCAUUAGGGCUUAGUUUUAAAACGUCGUUUUGUAAUGCAAACGUUCAUUUGAGUCAAUGGAGAAGUUAAUGCGUCGGAUUGAAGAGCAGAAGCAGGGAAAAAGUGCAACACCAGCAGAUAUUCAAGAACUGCUAAAAAGAGAUAUUUCAUGGGAGGAGACGAAUGGUUUUCAUGAAAAUGGAACACAUCAGGCUCAAACCAAAGUCAGGAAAGUUGCUCAAGGACCCGCACCACCGAAUUACAAAGGUUUUAGCAAAAUUGAAGACAUCAGUCAUUUGAACGCAGCAGCAAGAACGAAUCAUCACCCUCAUUCAAAUCAACAAAGGACUGAGAAUGGUACCAGUGUAGCGUCGAAGAAUGUAACGAAGCGAAAACCGACCAAGCCCGUUGCAGUUGUCCGCAAAGUUGCGGUCUAUAACGAAGAAGCGCAUCAGAAAAAUCCGACAAUUCUAACCACCGAUUCCUGGAAAACUGGAUUCAAACCAACUGCAUCAGUAAAAAGUAGUCAUCCCAAUACGGAAAAGGUAAAAAUUGCCUCCGAACACCAAUCAACAGCGGUUGCUGCAUCCGUUCCAUUGAAGGGGAUGACUGUUGCAGCCAAGUCAGCUGGCAGCGUCACCUACCGUCACCCGAAAACAGAGGAAAAAGAACAAGAAGUGGCCUCCAGACCUCCCGUGUCAAAGACAGCGAGAGAAAUAUUGUCUGAGAUCCAAGAUGAACAGAAAGUUAUCUCGAAACAGUUGCUAGAAAGUAACGUGGCAGUAAAGCGCAAAGCGAAAGAGCCAGAGAAACAGGCAGCAGUCCAGCAGCAUCAACAUCCUCAGGAGCAAAUAGUGAGCAAAGCUAAAACAUACGACACGGACUCAAUUAGACAGUACAUGGCAAAGAAGCGACAUCUGGAUAAACUGAAAGAUAGACAGAACCAAGAGGCGGAGAGACGGAGACGUGAGGAGAAGGAAAAGAGACUUCGAGAGCUGGAGCGGAAACGAAGAGAUGCGGCUUCCCGAUCAGUGAAGAGACCUUUUCACCCCGAGAUGAACCCAACAGACUUUAUGGGGAGUGAGCGAAUUAUAGGAAUGGAGUUGAACGGAGACGAAGACGAUGGAACUGAUGAGAUGGAUGGAGGUGGAGGAGGGUCAGAAGGUCAUCAUGAUUCAAAACAGGAGACAGUAAAGCGAGCAAACAGAUUUGACGCCAGACACAUGGAGAAUGGUGCCGUCAACCUCAAUACAUCCUUGGAUUCGUCGGACAAGGAAAAUAGCAAAUACUCACACCGCCCUAGAAGACUAAACAACCAGCCCCCAGUCAGCAAUUCCAUCGAGUCGGGAAGAAGUGGACCUAAAAUCAAAUUUGACGUCAGCGACCUUCUAGAAAGUUCCGAUUACACAUUAGAUGAAGAUCGCGUUUCAACGGCAGUGCGCCAUCAGAAUAAAGAUUCAAUCUCUACUUCAGAAGUAAACGAACAACUCAAAAGGUCGAAAGCUCUUCUGGCCGAAUUGAACAUGAAACGAAUGGGCAUCCCUUCUUCGGGUCAUGCUAAUGGCAGCAAAGUUAAAAUGAAUCGCAGUCUAAAUGAUUCGAACGUUUCGUCAAUUCCAGUUUCAGAUGUUGUUUCUAAAGAAAACCAAUAUGAUUUGAAUAUGCAGAGACCCGACUCUCAUUUUUCGGACGAAAAUCAGAGCUCAGAUUUUAACAAUCGUCUGAUGAAACUUAGCAGAGCUGCGACUGAUUUGAGAAGCCGGCUUUCGCAUGAAACGAAAACACUGGCUGACAAAAUAAACCCAAAGUCCUCGACUAACCCAACUGUUCAGACUUUACUAACCGAACUGUUAAAUGGCCGAACAAUCCAGUCUUCUCUAAAUCCAAACCAGCGGCUAGAACCCAGUAACCCGAAUACUGUUACUACAAACCUUGCCCAGCAUCAAUCAACGUCUUCAGCCACUCUCACUUCAUCGUACAAUUUAAGACCCAAUAGAAAUACACAAUGUGCUAAUAUGACCUCUAAUAACCCCAAAACCCGACAUGUAUUAGACCCCAUUGAGGAAAGCGCAGUGCAAGAAGAGCAGAUGGUUGGAGUGGAAGGAGGAAGAGAAGGCGAAGAUAUGCAUCAUCAAGAGCCAGAGGAGUUCCAGUUUCCGAACAGUGGAGUUGGCUGGUCGGCACCUCCGUCGUCAAAGGAAAAACACCGCGGGGGCAACGAGAGAUCAUCAGCACAAAACAAUGCUACUAUUUACGGGGAUCCUCUCAAGUUUCACAAGCAUGGGAGCAAGAAACGAGGUGUUCCAAAUGGAGUUGCCCACAACGAUGUUCCUUCAAAGCCAGUGAAGUGGAAGUUGCCUGAACCACAGCUGCAUAUGGUCCAACUUCCUCCCGCAAAUUCCAAUGCAGUUGCUGUCAUGACAACAUCAACCGAGCCACGGGUAACGACACGCACAGUUAUGCAACAUAUCUCGAAGACUGGUGGACCAAACUUCACGUUUGCUCAUGCUACCGACUCAUAUCAGAACAGAGACCCAAUAGACAGAAAAGAAGAGUUGGAUGCUUACAUCAAGCGAAUCCUUAAAGAAGCGGAGCUGAACUCGCCUGAUUCGCCCAUUUCAAAUGCCGCCCGAGUGCAUAUCAAAGCCAGUGCCAUCACAUCCAACUGCAGUUCCAAUGGAGCAAACGGAAAUGUCAAUCACGCAGCAGAAGAUGAAUUUCUAUAUAAUCGGGAGGGCGGAGGAGAUCCGUUCUCAGUCAUUAAUAUCUACACGAAACAGAUGGCGAAAGAGUACUCUGAGAAACUAAAGCAGUCUUCAUCAAGUAAGUCACAAAAUCAGAAGACAGCCUUACAAUUAGAGUUGGAAUCGACAGACGACGAAAACGAAGAGCAGAACGUCACAAAGACCAGUGCGUCUUCGGAUCCGCAUAAUACUUCAAACGAAGUUUUCAGUGCAACGAGCCAACCGAAUGGAGUAGUGUACGGGGAAGCAAGUAAUGAUCCAUUUAAGGUGUUGUCACCUGCUGGUGCAAAUGAGGCACAAUCACCAAGGGACAGUCGCUUGUCAUCUGAAUCAUCUGAGCUCACUGAAAUUGCAGAAGCCGUAAUGAGACAACAAACCCACCUCGAAGCAACGAGUUCAAGAUUGAAUAGUAUGUCAUCGAAUCAAGCUGAAGGUUCCGCGCGUUUUGAACCAACUCGCAACCGUAUGGUUCCUAUUUUGGAAGGCUACGAUUUUAACUCGCCUAGGUACUCGCCGAGAACACUGGAGCAGAAGCUAAUGAGUGAAUUGAAUUACUUGGAUUCUAUGCAUGAUUCAAUGAACCAACUUUCAGACGCAGAAAAAGUAUACGCGGUAGCGAAUGUACAGCAAGAAACAGUGGCUUUAUCCCAAAUUCUGAAAUCGAGACAAAUUUCUCAUGAACAUGAUUUGAAGCAGCUCGCGUUGAAAGCUAAGCAAGAAACAGAAGAUGCAAGUCGACAAUUGCGAGAAGCUCAGGAGAAGGCAAAUAGUGCGGCCAUGGAAGCUGGUAUGAUGCAAAGACAAAGCGAAGCUGAGCUGCAGCUUUUAGCUAGAAGUGAGCAGUUACUAGAAAGUCAACAAAAAGCAGCACAAGCUACCUCGCAUGUAGUGCAAGAACUCACAAAUUUGUCAUCAGUGGCUAGAAUUGUGGAAGGUGCGGAAUCCACUAGAACUCCAACAACGCCUGUUGCUUACGGAAGGGAUAGAAAUAUUUUCGAUGGUCAAAGUGCACAAGAAAUUGCUACAACAGCAGCAGUUGCUGCGGCUAGAGCAGUCAUCGCGGAAAAUAUCCAGAAGUCUAUGGAAAAAGUUGCAUCGAGGAGAAGACAUGAUUCUGGUAGUUCCUUUCAAAACAGGCUUAGAUCGCGAACCCCAAGUGAGACGCUAUCUUCAACACCUACAGAAUCUUUGUCACCUCGAUCGGCCUCCGUGCGAAAGUCUCCGGUACCUACCAGAGUUCAAGAAUUGAGUGAAGACAAUAAGGUUACAUCACAAAAUGGGUCACAGAGGUCCAGUGUCGCGUCUCCAAAAGCGAAGUCUCCUGUUCCGCGACAGGAGGCGCUGGAAAGAAGCAGGAGUCAAAGGUCAUCUGCUUCAGAAGACUUGGCCAUUUCAAUUGGUUCAUCUAAAACCUCACCUGAUCAUCAGAAAUACAACAAGGAAAUUCGCGAAAAUCUGGAAGACAGUAGAAACAUUUUUACGGAAAACUACUCGGAAAUUAUGACUGAAAACAGCCAAAUUGAAGUUGCAGACAAAAAUGGGAAAGUGGACACAGAAUUGAGUGAAAAUAUUGAGGAAAAUAUCGAUGAGAGCUUGCACUCGAUUGGAAGUUUACACGCAGUUGAGCCUGAAGCUGACGUGAGACUGGAAGCUUUGAAAGUUGUGAAAAGUCAACAAUAUUCCACUUCUCAAAGUAUAAAAUCGGUCGCUUCUAGUAAGAAAGAUGCGUCAUCUGCACCUAUGAAUGUCAACUCUCUUCUUUCGAAGAGUGACUCUAUUUUGAGCAAGUAUUCGCCGACAACGUCACCAAAGUCGAGUCCGAGACCUCUAGAUCGAACUAAGCAAUCUGCAAGUGGUAAGACCAGAUCUUCUGGUGGAGGAGAUGCCUCAAUUAUGACGGCCGCGGACUAUUCAGACGAUUUCGACGCCACAACACACGAUAUUAGGUCAAAGGCGGCAUCAGUGUCUGCGGGUGACAAAGAGCAAGUGUCAUCAAAAGCUCAAAACCAGAGAGAGGGAAAAUCGUUCGAGCCUAAAAAACUUUUCUCACCCCGGUCUGCAGUGGAUGAAAAAGGCAGAUUAGAAGCGACGAUGGAAGAAGAUUGUGACGGAGUUAGCGAUGACUUUUCUGAAGAAAUGUUAAAACAGUACCUUCGGGAGGAGGAGCGAAGGGCGCAACACCAGGCAGCUCUGAUCAAGUUGCGAGAGAAGGCCCUGAAGGACAAGGCUAAGGCGGAGAUGGAGUACCUGGACCAGCUAAAGGCCCAGAACAAGGGAGACGCGGACAAGAUGUCCACCAUUAAGAAGCGACAGAGAGCUGUGGUCAUCAAGCUACAAGAGGAACAGGCCGAAUUGAGACGUCUGGAGCUGGCGAACAAGGCGGGAUCCCAGCAGAGACAACUGCUGAUGGUGCAGCAGAGGGAGAUAUCGAAGAUGCGUGAGAGCACAGUUCACCUCAAAUCGAAAAUCAGACAGUUAGAAUCGAACGGAUCCACUGGGGUCAACAAGACAGAAAUUGGGGAUCUGGAGCAGCUGUUGAAGCGCAGCAGCACCCCCACCUACCUGAAAAGCAGGAAGAUCAAAGACCUGAAGGCGGAAUUGUUCGAAGAGGAGAUACGUCUAGACAGUCUGCGCAAGAACACAGCCGCAGCAGCCAAGAAGGAGGGUGGCAAGGUGGCUCAUGCUGGAGAUAGAGAGGUGAACAGGUCAGACAGCAGCUCCAUGGUAGAGGACAUGAGCUACGGAUCCAAUCGAAGUGCGUCUGAUGCCGAAGAGAAUCACUCGUUCAAACUACCGGCGUCCAUUCCCAGUUCGCCCAGAUCUCUGGUCGGUGCAUCGAUCGGGUCUCUGUCCAAGGGAGGAGCGAAGCUGAGAGUGACACCCAGGACAAAGAGUCCCGUUUUGCCUGGGCACGCUGCCGAGGUAAAAGGGAAGAUGCGUCGUAGGCGGGCGUCUUCAACAGACACUUACGAUGAGUCUGUUAAUUAUUCCUCAGACGUGGGGCCAGCGUCUUCUUACUCUGACGCGAGUGACGUUGAAGGCAGAAUCCAGGCACUGAAGGAGGAUCUGAGGAGGAGGAAGGAAGAGGUAGAGAGACUCCGACAACUGAAGAAGGGCAAGAGAUUCAGGGACAGGGAACAUGCUCGCGUACAGGAAGACAACAUACGCAAACAGCUCGAGUACUAUGAUGACUACAUCGCAAAAACUACGGCAGAACUGGAAAAAGCGGAUGCCGAAAAUGUUCUGCUGACUGCUAAUGACGAAUUGGUCCAGGUAGCCAAGCCGGUCAUUAGAACCCCCUCAGCCAGAUCUUCACGCUCCACUACUCCGGUUCCGUCAGCCAGGAAUAGCGAAUCGAGCAGUGAAGUUACGCCAGAAGCCAUCUCCGCAUUGGAACCUGCACUACAGGAAGAUUCCAAAAAGGAAGAUGCAGAAAAGACACCUCGCAAAGAAAGAUCGGUCGAAGAAUUGCCGCAGGUUUUGGACGAAGCUAUCAAAAACAACGAAGUCUCGGGAAAGAAUGUAGUGCACGCCUCAGUUUCUCCAAGUGAUGAAGUGAACGAGGAUUUGUCAGUCGCAGAAGAAAUUGACGAUGAGUCAAAUAGCAGCACAUUGGAAGAUGAGAUCUCGGUUCCAAUUGCGAAAGGACAAGAUGAUUCAGAUGUGGUGAUGACGCCACGUGCGUCGACUCCAGUGUCAUCUAAAGGUAGUGGUGGGAAAUCAAUUGAUCGACAGUCUCCUUUGGAGAAGCCCACAUCUUUCGCAGAAUCUGACAAUGAGCCGAUAUUAAGUCCAGCAGCUGAUGCUAGCGUCUCUCAAUCAGAGAGCGCUUCAGCCAAGCUGUCGCACGACGGUUCCUCGAAGGAUAAAAGUAAUUCGGAAUUCGAUGAAUCAAAUAAGAAGGAACCCAGAAAGUCAGUUGAGGAUGCACUGCAAGACCUCAAAAUAGGAUCUAAAGUGCUAGUCGAUGGAAAAAAUACAGGAGUUUUGAAGUUCAAGUCGCGAGUAAGUGACGAGCUUUUGGUAGGCGUAGAGCUUGACGAUUCAAUUCAAUCUCACGACUCUCAAUGCGAUGAACAUUUUACGUGCAAAAAUGGGCCGGGUUUGCUGACAUCAGAAACUGGUCGAAUAAAGGCUCUGGUUGAAAAAGACGACACCGCUGUUGAAGCUGAACUUGCUGCUCUUACUGAAGACUACUCGCUAGACUUCGACGACAAAACAACGGCUACUGCAACAGGAACGCCACGUAUACUUGCUUCAGCUGCUUCUAUUAAAGAGGAGAUUGAAAUUGCCUCCGAGGAAUCAAGCAGCUCCAAAGAGACCGAAUCUAAAAAGAACGAGUCAUCGAGUGAGAAAGAAGCUGUCCUCAAUGAAAAUAUUGUCAAAUUAAUUAGCGAAAAAGAAAAGUCUUCAAGUGAGGAUAUGGUGAAUAUAUCUUUGCCUGGAAACGAAGAAGUUGUCGAUUUAGUUGUAGCCAGUAAAGACGAGACUGCGGACGAUACUCUGCCUGAAAAAGGCGAAGAUGAGAUUGUUGAUGAAAGUUUACCUGAUAAAGUUGAAAAUGAGGAUAAUCAAGGUGCUGAGGGAAAAGAAGAUGGAAUCAAUGAAAGGUUUUCAGGCGGAGCGGAUGACGAAAUUGGAGAACUGAACAAAAGUGAUGGCAGUGAUUUCGAGUCGAUUUCUUUCUCGAUGCACGAAGCCGAAAGCAUCGGACUAGCCACGAAUUAUGAGACAAUCGAAACUGGAUGCGGCUUCAUUUCUGAACCGCAAAUCAGUGUCGUCGUUAAAAAACCGGUUGCAGAUGAAGAUAUUGCUAAAGCAGACCAGAAAGUUGACGACGUUGAGGAUCCACCGAGCAUCAAAGAUGUUCCGAUUCCACAGCAAGAAAUGGGAGAUACUGAUGCUAGUGAAUGUUGCGAUCAGAUUUUUGAUUCAGUUUUUCAACUGGUGCUGGACGAGGUGUUCGACGAUCGGAAACUCCAUCUUGGAUUUGUGGAUUCAUACACCCAAGUACUGUCCAAACAAUGUGUUGACCAGGCACUUGAGGAUACUUUUGUGUGCCGCGGUUCAAAAUUGACAAAGCUGCAGCGAAGUUUGUCUUUUACCAAAGAAGUAUCAGAACUACCUCGCGUUGACUCAAUUGAGGAAGAGUCUUCGGAAACUAUCGACGAGCUCCUAGUUUCACAGGAGGAAAAGUUGGAGGUAAAACACGACAACUUUGAACUCAAUUUAGACGAAAGAAGCGAGGACAAUCUUUUUAGUGCCAAGGCUAAAUCGGAUGUCCCAGAAUCGCGGGAGGAUAAAGUUGAACCAGCCCAUUCACCGCUUAGCGAAGAGCUCCCCGAUAAAAGUGGCUCUGAUAACUAUUCUCCAUCCCCUUCUAGUCCAACUGCGGGAGUCGGCGGAGAAUUUAUUGACGACGAUUUUGGCUAUACCGAGAGUAAAGAAUACGACGACGCGAAAGAAAACAUUGCGCCAAUCGUUCCACCGAUUGAUAUCAGCGAGAUAACAUCAGAGCCAGACCGAACGCAAAAACCUACUCUGCCCGAAUCGGGCGUGUCGGUAGAAGAAGCUGCCCUUAGCGCUCGACUGUCAGUGCAUGCUGAAAGAAUUGCGUCAAUAGUUGAACCGCAAGUUUUCAUUCCGUCCAAAUCAGACGAAAUUAAAUCUCUGUCUCAUUCAUUUGCGGCUUACUUUUUCAACCAAAAGUCCAACCCGGAAGGUUUCAGCGACUGUAAAAUUCCGAUCGAACUAUUGGGUUCCGAUGCUGUUGGUAGCGAUGAUGUAUCGAAAAGCAGGAAAUCUUUCAAAGUGAUGAUGUUCGAAUUAGUUCGUGAAAUAGUAGCUGAUAUCUAUCAGACAGUGCCCAAAGUCACCCAUCCAUGGAUGAAGCCGAAAUUGGCUAAACGUGUGCACUAUCAUGGAAUGAAGCCGAAAUCGAUAGAGAUGUUGAAUGAAAUAGUGGAGAAAAAAGUGACGAAUCUCAUAAACUUGAGCUCAAGAAGUCAGCAUAGAACGCAAACUCUCAAGUUUGGACACAAAAGGCGCGAUUUAGUCGACAAAAUCCUCAUUCAAGAACUGAGGGAAGAAGAAAGUCAGUGGGUUGAUUACAAUGACGACGAACUGAAUGUUAAAGUACAGCUGACAGAUGCUAUUUUUGAUUCGCUAAUUGACGAUACAGUUAGUGUUUUGAACAAGAUCCAGCAGAAGCAUGAUGCGCAUUCAACUUAAAAAGAGAUUCAGAAAAAUUAAACUAGACCAAUAACUUACCUAGUUCUGAUAAUGAUGGUAUUGUUACAAAUUUAGUUGUUUGAUGUUUUGUAAAAUGGAGUUAAAUUUAGAUAACGUUUUACUGUUUAGUAUAAUUGCCGCAAAGCGUCUCAUCCACAUCUCAUAGAUAAUCUUGCCUCAAUUUUUUUAAUUUGCUCUAAUUGUUGUUUCCUGUUAACCAUAUGUUAACCAUUUUGCUCAAUUCCAAAAUAUCAACAGUUUCCAUUGCAUCAGCCUGCAGUUAUUACAUGCUAUUAUCCAUUCCCAUUGCAAAUCAGUGAUUUCGAACGUACACGAGUUCAGUUAUGUAGUGACAACGAGUUAUUAUGAUUAACGAUACAAACUUGGGCAACCAUGCAAAUCAGCUACCUAUCAAAAACUAGUUCAUUUCAUUAGGGUUUAAUCUGGCAGUGAUUUGAUGUUUUGUUGCGUUUUCAGCUCCACUGGUUUCGAUUGGAUCCACCGUUUGUAAAUAACUAGAAAUUGUAAAUACAGAAUUCGUUUUAAAUUCUUUUUCCGAAACCAAUUUACUUUUAUGCUACUUCU